AUGGAGGAGUGUGGGGUGAGAGAACCACUUAAUCCAUGGUUUCGUGAUUACCUCACCGCGCGCUCCUACCGUGUGAAGGUGGAGGAUACUCUUAGCGACAGAGUCGAGGUGCGGAGCGGGGUGGCUCAGGGCUCUGGAUGUGGACCGAUUUGUUACCUUAUGCACGUGAACAGCCUAUGCCGAGUGCUGCAGCAUUGUUCUGCAUAUAUGUUCGCAGAUGACCUGUGCAUACUUCGCUCUGGAGCUAACAUAGACGAUAUCUGUGAGUUAGUUCAACAAGAUAUAGACGCUGUUGUUAAAUGGUCGCAUGACAAUGGCAUUAUAUUAAAUGCCAGUAAAACUAAACUAAUGUUAAUUCAUUCACCAUAUUUGCAAUCUAAUAGUGUGACUCCACCCUUAUUUACCCAUGAUUAUACAUGUCACCAUAAUAACUUACUGGACUGUAAAUGUAAACCUAUUGAAAGAGUUAAUUGUGUUACUUACCUGGGCGUGAGAAUAGAUGAUAAAUUUUCCUGGUCACAACAUGUAGACUACAUUUCUAAUAAGCUAAGAAUAUUAUUGAGUAAAAUGUACCACCUAAGCUUUAAAGGUUUGUGUACUGAGGCUGAUGAACCACCAGAAGGAAUAUUGUGA